UCACUCCGCUCCCAGCGUGAUCCGCAGCGGCUUCCGUCGUGCUCCCGGAAGUGACCCCACUCCGCCGGAGGCCGCUGGCCUUGCCCGGCCCCGCCAUGGAGACUUGGGUGCGCUUCAGCGCCCAGAGCCAGGCCAAGGAGCGGCUCUUCAGCGUCUCUUGUAGGGCCGCGCAAUACGCCUGUGCCUUGGCGGGGGACACGCUGCGGAGGAACGGGGCAAGCGCCGGGGUCUUGGCCAGCGUCCGUCAGCUGGAGGCUCACCUCAGCCUCAGCCGAAAGCUGCUGCGCCUGGGCAGCUCGGCUGAGGCGCUGGAGGCAGCAAAACGGGCCAUUCACCUGUCAGACAUGGUGCUGCGGUUCUGUGUCACCCUCAGCCACCUCAACAGGGCCAUGUACUUUGCCUGUGACAACGUUCUCUGGGUGGGGAAGACGGGGUUGGCGCCUGGUGUGGACCAGGAGAAGUGGAGCCAGAGAUCCUUCAGGUAUUACCUCUUUGCCCUCGUGGUAAACCUGAGCCGGGACGCCUAUGAGAUCCGGAUCCUGAUGGAGCGCGAAGCAGGUGGGAAGCGAGCGAAGGGCGGCGAGAACGGGCGCCAGCUCCGGCCUGACAACGGGCUCCAGCAGCUGGGGCUGAGGCUGCAGAUCCAGCUCCGGCUCCUGAUCCACGUCCUUCGGAAUAACCCUCCUCUGCUGCUGGACGUGGUGAAAAACGCCUGCGAUCUCUUUAUCCCCCUGGACAAGCUGGGGCUGUACAAAACCAGCCCGGGUUUUGUGGGGCUGUGUGGCCUCACCUCCUCCAUCCUCUCCAUCCUCACCAUCCUUCAUCCCUGGCUCAAACUGAAGCCUUAGCUGCCCUUGGAGCCUGCCUGCGGGCUCAAAGUCAGCAUGGGCAGAUAUAUGGGGAUCCCAGGGUGUCAUUUGUGGACUCGUGGGGCUGCGACAUGACUAAAGCUGACUGUCUCGGUCCUGUGGCUGCGUGGUUGUGUCACGCCUGGCUGCUUUGACAAAGGGGCUGCGGAGAUGGGAGGAAGGUGGAGGGAGUUUGCGGCCUGGGAGCCUGCAGGGACCUGCUCCAGCUGCCUCAGCUCCCCGUGUUGCCAGCCAGGAGGGUGAUACUCAGCGGACCUCAGUUUGAUUCUCCCCAUCAACUGUAGGGCUUUUUGGGCUGUUAUUUCUAGGGGUUUAACAUUUCCAGUCCCUCUUUAGGGGGGGUGUCUCUUAGCCCAGAGCCAGCCAAGAGGGAACUCUUUGGGACUGGAGAAGGCUGCCUGGGUCUCUGGGUGCUUCUCACAGACUGGGGGGGUUUAAACUGCGGGGUGGGGGUGAGUCUAGCGCUGGCCAGGUGCAUCCAAUGCCUGUUUUGACACUUUAUCUUCCUUUUUAAGAAAUCAGAGUGCAGGCAGUGUGAGGGUGAGUUGAAAGGACUUUGGAUGAGCCGUCCCCAGUUGGGCGUUUGGUGGAGACCUCAGGGUAAGUCUAUGGGGCCUUGGCGGGUCUGGUUGUGGGUUUGAGGUGAGAUUGGGGCAGGGUAUUUCCCCAUAGGAGAAUAUUCGCUUGCCUGCACCUUCCCCGCAAUCCCAGUGGGGAAGAAGUGACUGCAGUGAGUCGUGCCAAGCCUUGAGGUCACUCCCAGCCCUCCCCACAUGGAUUCCUCGGUGUCUGAGAAGAGAAAGGGGCCUCAGGCAGCCCCAGCUCACCCUGCUGCUAUGAAGAAGCCGAGACUUGUGCAUCCACCUCCUCCCCCCUCUGCCCAGUGCAGGUUCACCCUGCUGAGCCUUCAGUUUGCUUCUGAAAUGUCCUUUUUAGUGGCUUUUUUGGGGGAUAAAUCGGGGAGAGGACGGCUCGAUGCCUUGAUCCUCUGCGUUGGUUGUUCCCACCUGCUUUUCCCUCUGAGCUGGCCCUGCUACCUCACUAAAUUUCCCCAUGUUCCUUGGUUUCUGUGACACCAGAUAAUGCUGUGAGCUUGUCCCGGCCUUAAAGAGUGUUUGUUUUACUUAACCCCAGACUGCAGGACGUGCUCCGAGCUGGUGGUUAUUUGUACCCGGGCUGGGCUGUUCCUCAGGAGGGAGGGAGGGAGGGAGUGACCCCGCAUGCUUUUAAAACCCACGUGUUUUUGCUGAGCUCCGGCAGCUCCAUGCACAAAGAGCUGGGGCUUCACCUACUUCCAGGUCCUUCUACGCGUUGGCAAAGGCUUUUUAGUCCGGACCCAGCUCCAGGAGCUCUCGGGCACUUUCCAUUUGGCACCUCCUGACUUUCUGUGUGCUCUGGGGUGAUACAGGCAGGGGAAAGGUUGAGAUGCAGGGAGAGGUUGGGCACAUGCAGCUCAAAAUUCAGCCAAACUACCCAGAGCGUUAGCAAGAUGGAGUUUAAUUGAGCUGGAUAACGAAGGCGGUGGCAGCGGGGGGUGAGAACAUGGGGUCUUUCUGACCAGGAACCGACUUGCUCAGGGAAGGUGCAGGGCGAGGUACAUGGACUCUGGUGUUUAGACACCAAAGCUGCCCCCCCAGUUCCCCUUGGCUCACAGUGAAGGGCUGGAGCAGCAUCUCAGCUUGUGCUCGGAGACUUGGAACUCUUGGUGGAGGAGGGAAAUCAGUUAUGAGAGCGGAGGGUGGCCGACCCCGGCACAUCAGCAGCCUCCAUGUGUUGUUAACACAACAGUUUUAACGUGUUCGAGUGAUAUUUUAAUUUGUCAGAGGCUGGGAAGGUGCAGCAGGGGCUGCGCAGCAUCUCCCCUGUAAAUACGGUGGUGUAAAUAGGUGUCUGCAGUGAUCUCUCUGGUUUGCAGAGUUAAUUAUUAAAGCCCAGCUGCUGAGA